UCACUUUCUUCUGCUUGUGAAGGUGAAUAAAUUAAUUGUGGGUGAAUGUUGUGUUUGUAAUUAAGAAAAUAUUUCAUAAAUUGUAUAAAUAACUUGACAUUUAAUAAAUCUCUGCCUAUUUGAUUCUUCUGUGGUAUGAGGACAAAAUGACGGAGCUAUAUUGUCUUUCCAACUUUAUUGAUUUUUCUCAAGCGCUCCAUGAACCGCUGAAGCACAGCAAUCGAAUAAAGUACACCUGCUUCGAUAUUUCUACAAACUAUGUAAUUUUCGGAGCUUCUUCGGGCUCGUUGUAUCUCUUCAAUCGUUGUUCCGGCAAGUUUUUGCAUCUUGUACCCAAUAAACAUGGGCCGGUGACACACUUGGAAAUAUCCGCAAAUGAAAAAUAUGUCGCAUUUUCUACGAUACGAUCCAUGAUAUGUGUGUAUGCAGUAAAUCUUUCUGCACACACAUCUCCUCAAGUCAUCUAUACGAACCUAAGCAGUGACCAGUUGUUGCAAGUGACAUGCAUACAUUGGACGCAGGAUGAAAAACAGUUUUACUAUGGUGAUACACGUGGUCAAGUGAACUUGGUGUUGCUUUCAUCAUUUAUUGGGAAAAGCCUACUUAAUAUGGGUGUACAUCCUAUUUUGUUCCUUGAAUCGCCAAUUGUUCAAAUUGAUGACUUUGAGUCACUUUUGCUUGUAUCCAACUGCAGUAAAUGCAUUUUGUGUAACACUGACUACGAGGAGUACAAACAGAUUGGCAAUCGUCCGAGAGAUGGAGCUUUUGGUGCUUGCUUUGCCAUUUCCACUAACGAAGCCAUCCAGCCUUCGCGCAUUUACUGCGCUCGCCCAGGCUCACGAAUUUGGGAGGUCGACUUCGAAGGCGAAGUGUUACAGACACAUCAAUUCAAGACUGCACUAGCAAUUCCACCAGUAAAAAUACAUAAAUUUCAUGGCGUCGAAGAAGAGACAAUUGCUAAAUAUGAGGAAAAUGAUGAAAUGCUCGAUUAUCAGCCUCAAAAUUUGCAAUUCGCUAAAGUUCAAAUGCUGAACAAGGACUUUCUGCUGGCAUUUACCGAGUUUGGCUUGUAUAUAUUUGAUAUACGCAGUUCCACCGUCGUUUUGUGGUGCAAUCAGUUCGAGCGAAUAGUGGAUUGUCGUGUAGUUGGAAAGGAAAUUGUGGUCUUUACUCAAACUGGUUCGUUGUAUAGUGUGCAAUUGAAUCCACUGAAAGCACAUGCAUGCACACUGGUGAGGCAGGAAAAGCUGUUAGAAUGUGCGUGUCUGAUGCGCAAAAAUGUUAAAUAUUUUGCUGAUAAGGCACGCGAAGACUAUGACUUGAAUAUACUUAAUCAAAUCAAGAAAUUUUUGAUUAAACGUCAGGAAUUUGAAUUGUUGAAUGAUCUCUCAGUAAUUUUUGAUGCAAUUAUGCAAUGUGAAGCCGUGGGUGACAACAACAGCUCGGGCAGUAGUUCAGGUACAACAGAGCGCAGUGGAAGUGUUGGCGCCAUUGGUUGUCAGUUUGUGCCCAAUAAUAAUCAUACGCAACCAUCCAAAGAGGUGUACGUUCUGGAAAAUGCCUUUUGCGAAAAUAUCAAAUCCACUAAAGGCAGCGAAAAACAUUUUAAGGAUGCGCUCUUAACUGUUACCGGCAAAUUUGGUAAAAAUAUUAUUAAAUACAAGUUUAACAUAUUCGCUGAGGAGCAAAAGAAAUUAGUACGAGAACUUAUACCAUCUAAUGAACGUUCCAUACCAUUUAAUGAUAUUAAAGCGAUGUAUGAGAAGGAUGAGGAGAUCGUGUGCCGUACAAAAAAGACCCACAUCGUAGAAGCUAAGCACAAUGCUCAUUCUACCGUACAGCAUAUAAGUGCAGAAGAGAAGACUAUAUAUAAUUUAUAUUUAAUUUGCAAAAGUGCAAAGAUAAGUAAUAUUAAUUUUGUAGAACGUUAUCGUACACUAUUCGAUGAAUACUCGGCACGUGAACUGAUUGAUCUGCUAGGUAAAUUGGAAAAGGUAAUGCAAGAGCAUGGUGACAGUGUUGAACAAUCACGCAAAAACUGCUACGAGAUGUACUUUAAUUACCUGAACACAGAGCUUAUUUGGGAAAUGGACGAUUAUACGCGUGACUUUAUAGCGGAGGGUUUUGUUCUACUCAACACCUCAGUGGAUAUUGUACGGUGUGAUAAUUGUGCCUUCCCACUGCGAUUUGACAAUACUUGUGCCUUUCACGAAUUGGGUGCAGUGUUGUUACGUUAUUAUUGGUCGCGUAAUGAGCAGGUUAAAUGUUUUGAUGUUUUAAUGCAGGUGCCAGCAUUAUUGGAUGUAUUAGCAAAAUUUUAUAUGGCUGAGAAUAAUGUUGAAAAAGUCGUGCCGAUCAUCCUAAGCUAUCGGCAACCAGAGUUGUUAAUAGAGAUUGGCAAGAGUCUAAGCUUAGCGGCAUGGGCGCGUUGUUUCGAACAAUUUGUGGACUUGCAACAGGGGCGUUUAUGUUGUGUAAAUUGUGAAUGUGUGACAACAGUGGACAAUGUCAAUCAGCAUUUUUUCUAUACAUGGAACUGUUUUCUAAGUAUAGCAUUAGAAUAUAUGCAGGCGCAGGAAAUUUUCGCAAUGAUUUUCAAGUGGUCUAACUUCAUAGCAAACGAUGCUAUCGAUCGCGAAUUUUACACGCGUUGCAUGUUGAAAGGCUAAAGUCGCGAAAUGCAAAAGCGAAAAUAAUUAUUGGUAAAUAGUACGUAGUUCUUUCUACCACGCACUAUGUACAUAUAUAUGGGAUGUAUAAAAAUUAGCAGCGAGUUUGGUAGGUGAUUGACAUUUUUGUAGUAUGCGCUGCAUUGUAAAUGACUUAACUCGUUUUCAGAAAUGGCCUAUUGAGAUUAUACCAAUUAAUUAAAAUUAAAAUAUGCAUAGAAUUGUUGCGGCCGCACAUUUAUAAAAAUGUCCUAUUUAAAAAAGUACUACGAAAGAAUCUCAUAAAACCAGUUAUAUAAAUGAAGAAAAAUAUUUACAUACAUAUAUACAAGUAAGAGUAUACACAUGUUUGAAUGAGUAAAGUGUGACGAAUUUAAGUGUUAUGUGACUUCAAUAUGGUUUUUGCGCUAGAACGAAAGUAAAAAAAAACGGCUAUCGGCUUUUGCCGACUAUAUGUAAUGCCGCAGCAUUAUUGGAGCUCGCUCGUAGAGUAACACAAAGUAUUAUAUUAAUCUAAAAUCGUAUAUAUAGAAUUAUCUAACCUAUAAAUUGUGUGUUCAAGUGCAUAUUCCAAAAUUGUAUUUACUGUACUCGUAUAAAUGUUAUGAUCAGCCACAAUGAUCAAUUAAAAAUAUUUAUAUAAGCAUUAAUUAUAUACCUACAACAUAACAUCAUAUUAAUUAUCAUGAAUGUUCGAAAAUGUACACAUAUUUACAGCAGCAGUUUAUAUUUUGAUAAACUUCCUACAAAUGUAUGUAAUUAUUGCGCUUUUAUACUCCUUCUUUCUUUUAAUUUUUUAAUCGAGGGGUGUUAUUUAAGGUGUACGCUUGAAGUUGUAUUAUUAUUAUAUGUACGCAUAUGUACACUCCGUAUGCAAACUUGCACGAGUACUUCGCGUCGUAAAAUGCUUUAUUUAAUUUUAAACAUUUCCAUAUAUAUACUAUAUUAAUAUAUAUAUAUAUAUAUAUUUAAUAUUUGUAAAAUUUAUUUUUAUUCAAAUAAUAAAUCUAACUAUGCAUUUA